AUGCCGGCCCAUCAUUCUCGGAUUUCGUCUGGAGGCGCACCACAACACCACAUCCAGCGGCGCAACUCUCAAUCGCAGGCUACCACGCCCAAGCCCAUCCAUCUACGCAGCAACACGGCACCAGAGCCCCCGACGCUGCUGCGUGUGCCGUCUGCGCCCGCAGCCACCGCGCGGAGACCGCCAGCCUCACACAGUGCCCAUGGAAUAGACAAUUCGCGCGGCCCUCCUGUCACCUUGGUCACGCGCAGCCGGAGCACACAGAACCCCGCCGACUUUGCCUAUGCGCAGCAGCAGCAACAUUCCUUACAGUCCGGCCUGGUAUCUCCCAGCAGCUCUCACCAAUCCACCCAGCGCCGUGGGGACGACGAUUCUGUCACGUCGAGCGAAGCCCCGCGACAGCAGUCACAGCAAACAAGCGUCAGACAGUUGCUCAUUCCCUCUGCCAUUGCCUCUGCCAUUCCCACUCCCAGCCUCUCCAGGCCGCCCCCAGGACGCCGAAACUCGACUAGCACCUCUCGCCCGCCCGCGCGACGAAUGGCGAGCUCUACUGAUGAGUCGUCCGAAUACGACUCUGGCCCUCGCAGCCGCAUGGAAGACUACCACGCCGCCCACAGCGGACGGGGAGCGCCUGCACCUGUCACCCCGGGCACCGACACUGAGAAGGAGGAUCUGUUUCUGAAUAUUGCCGCCGACACUGGGCCGAAGCAGCUGCGACCUUCCGAAGCUGCGACGCGCGUGGAGAGAUUGAAGUCCCGGGUUGCUAGAGUCAACAGCAGCCGCCAGUCGCUUCCCUCCGCUCUUCACUCCCCUUCGCCAGUGCAAUUAAACUCUACUGCGACUCCAACAACUAGCCGAAUCCCUGUGGAACCCCGGUCAUCGGCCCUGCGGCGUUCCUCGUUCCUGCCCACCCCGUCCAGAGCAUAUGAGCGAUCGUCAAACUCGCCUGCGCCGGACGCCGCACCUCGCACGCGCGAUCUCUCCCACAAGGCAUCUUUUACCUCGACGCGGAGAGAUUCGGAGCUUUCCCCGCGCGAUUUCCUCGCCCAGUUCUCCGCCGCCAGACGAUCAUCCCAGCCAGACGUGCAACACACGCCACCAAGCCGCACCCCAGUCCAGCCCUACCGGCCCUCCAACUUGUCACAUGAGCCGCGGACGCCCCACGUGGAGACGUCGUUUGAAGCCGGGUCACGCGCCGACGGCACCGAGUCGCACGGCUCUACAGGCCCCGCUGCCUCUGUAUGGGACGAGCUAGACGAACUAAAGUCCAGGAUACGCAAGAUUGAAAUGGGGGGCAAGAUACCCUCGACAUCUGGCGCCAUUGUAUCUCAGGCUUCGCAGGCGUCGGCCGAGCGCCCGCGGACAGCAAACACUUCCGCCACAACAGUAUCCUCUUCUCCAAACCAACAGCGAAAGUCCAACCUGUCUCCUUCAGAAUCCAGCGUCAGCACCCAGGCGCCGCCUAGUGCCAAUAAGGCCCACCCUCUGUUGCGGGACGCUCUCAGCAAAGCUAGACAGCAUGUAUCUCCCGCCGUAUACCGCUCGCUAGAAGCGACGGCCCAGGAGGCGCUGGCGUUGGCAGAAAUGAGUGGUAGCGGUGGGCCUCAGGGCACUCUUCAUUCCGCUAGCUCAAUUAUCAACGGUUCUGUCGUAUCUGACCGGCAGGUUCGUCGCAAGGCCGAUAAUCUUUGCCGUAGCCUGACGGAGCUUUGCAUUGCCAUGUGUGACACCAAAACAGGCCUCUCCAGCCCAGCCUUCCGAUCAACCCAAGCUACAAUCUCGCGCCGUCCGAGCGUGCAGAUCAAUGGCGACUCUCCGACAAUACGACAAAGUAUCGAACCGGAGAGCAAUACCCUGAACGGAGUCAGUCCUAGUAGAGCACUAUCGCGCAUAGAGGCUCGAAGAACUAGCAUGCUUAUAGCUGACUCCAAUGGUUCCCAACGAGGAAACAGCCAGGAACCUUACGACGACAGACAAACUCCAUCACGACUACAGCGAGCAGGCACAAGUCUUCAUCGAACACGUGAGAGUGUCGAUGAAGAUGAACAGGAUCCCAUCUUCCGUGCGCCGUCCCGAGCCAUGACCUCCGUCGACUUUAGGGCACGACAAACAGACAACAACAGAUUCAAUGGCGGCAGGCAGUACACCUCCCGUGAACAAAUGCCUGAUCUACAGCCAUCACCUGCACUCCAGAGUAGUGCGAGCCUUCGACGACCCAGUAUCUCAAGUACACCAUCAAAUGAGCGUAGUAGUCUCCUUUUCCGGGAUCAGAGUCGUUAUGGUCACAAUCUGGGUCGUGAAGGCUCCCCGGUCAUCUACGACAAACCCAUGUCUGGAGGCCUGCGAGCCAGAGCACAAUUGAGUGUAGCCCGAAACCCGAACAACCGACACUCAGUCGGUGGCAUGGCAGACAUUGGCCGUAAUUUUGGACACGUCCAGCGCAAUGAUAGCGCAAUGGGCAAAAGUACGAGUUUCGCAUAUGAUAGCCACCUACGCGACAUUUCGACGGAUGGGCGAGCAUUUGCAGCAGCAGUUUUUAGGGAUGAAGUUUUGCGGAGUUAA